AUGGAGGACUCUAGUCCUCCUUCCUCUGGUAGAGCGUCCGUGGACUCGGCGUUAUACAAUGCCACCCAGCUCGAAGGGGAGUUGAGCGUGGCCAGAAGGCAGGUGGAUGCUCUGCAAUGGAGCAGAGGCCUGCACGCCAACCAACUGAAGGAGACGCAGGCCCUAUGCAAGCAACACGAAAGGAACCUCACCCGCAUUGUGAGAGUUCUACGGGCAGUGCAUGAGGUGCUGCCCAAGGCCCUCGAAGCGCACAGGGCCAAGCUUCGCGCCCUGCACCCGGAGGAGGAGGAAGAGCUGCUCCAUCACUUCCUCCAGAAGGGGAACGUGGUGGAGACCUUUAUAGAGAUUAUCACGCAUGGCGAAGGUAUGGUCCGCGUGACCACUGACCGGGACGAAUUCUUUUUCGCCCCUAUGAGGUCGGGCCAGAAAAAGAGGUUCAACCUCCAUUGCCCGGACAAGCUAUGGCGCGCGGACCAUCCCUGGGUGCGGCUGCACAUUGGCGCCCUACGGUGA